AACCUUCUCAUUCCGAACUCUGAGACCAAUCAAAAGAAAGAGAGAGAGUGUUGAGUUUGGACACAGUCAAUGAGUUGGCGAAACCGCACAAAACUUCCCUAAAAUCCCCUUCAACCUCGAUUGACUGAUAAUGGCGGCGAAACCCACAUCGGCGGCGACCACGCUGUCAGCCAUCUCCCAGAAGCUCCAGCCCCAAAAGCAGACCGCAAUCGAGCAGCAAGAGAAGCGAAUCGAGGAGGUUUUAUCCUACCCGAUCCUCUUAUCCGAUCAAAUCAGCGGCGCCGUCAAGGAAGCCGAAAUCUUCAAAUUCGAGUGCUCCGAGGUCGGCAAGCAGGUCGACCGCCUCUGCCAGAUGCUCCGCACCGCCGUCCGCCUCGCCACCUCCACCGCCCCCGGCGCCACCUUCUACGUCCGCCCCGUCCGCCGCAUCGCCACCGAGGUCACCAAAAAUCUCGAGAAAUCCCUCACCCUCGUCAAAAAAUGCCGCCGCCGAAACCCUCUCCGCCGCGUCGUCACCAUCGUCUCCUCCGCCGAAUUCAGGAAGCUCCACAACCUCCUCGACUCCUCCGUUGCUGACAUGAAAUGGGUCCUCAGCGUCUACGAGGCCGGCGGCGGAGGUAUCGUCCUCACUUUACCCCCAAUUGCUAGCAACGAUCCUAUGAUUUCUUGGGUUUGGUCUUUUGUUUCUUCCUUGUAUAUGGGUCAAUUGCCGGAUAAAAUCGAAGCUGCCAAUGAAUUAGCUUCGUUAGCCAAAGAUAAUGACAGGAACAAGCAGAUUAUAGUUGAAGAAGGCGGUAUUCCGCCUUUGUUGAAGCUGUUAAAGGAUAGUACUUCGGCGGAGGGGCAAGCUGCUGCUGCUUCUGCUCUCUAUAAUUUAGCUACUGAUGUAUCAAGGGUUCGAGCAAUCAUCGAUGAAUCUGGUGUUCCAACUAUUGUGCAAGUUUUAAGUGAUUCGCCCAUGAAGGUUCAGAUUAAGGUUGCUAAUGUGGUUGCUAGAAUGGCGGAGCACUGCCCCUUGGCUCAAGAGGAUUUCGCAAGGGAGAAUGCGAUUAGGCCUCUUGUCACAUUGAUGUCACAUGAUUUGCUGAUGGAGGAUUCGAAGCUCAAAUCCGGGUUGCAAAGCAUCCAUUCCAUUGUUCAGAUCAACAAGGAGAUGGAGAGCAAGAGUUUAUACAAGCCGGGAUUAGGCACUUCUAAGUCUAUGCAUUACUCAGAGGGAAGUGGCAAGGGAGGUAACAGGAAGGACAGAGAGAACGAGAAGCCAGAGGUGAAGCACAAGCUCAAAGUCAGUUGUGCUGAAGCAUUGUGGAUGUUGGCUAAAGGGAAUGUGCCGAAUAGCAAGAGAAUCACAGAGACCAAGGGGUUGCUUUGUUUAGCUAAGCUCGUUGAAACCGAGGAAGGGGAGUUGCAGUUGAACUGCUUGAUGACCAUAAUGGAGAUAACAAACGCAGCUGAAUCCAAUGCCGACCUCAGAAGGGCAACUUUCAAGACAAAUUCCCCGGCUUCUAAGGCCGUGGUGGAUCAGCUCCUUAGAGUGAUCAAAGAUUCAGAUGACUCCCAGCUGCGGAUAGCAGCUAUAACGGCCAUAGGGUGCUUGGCAAGAGCAUUCCCUGCACGAGAGACCAGGAUCGUUGGCCCCUUAGUGGAGCAGCUUGGUCACAGAAAUCAGGAUGUGGCAAUAGAAGCUGCUAUUGCACUUGGGAAAUUUACCUGUCCUGAUAAUUUUCUGUGUGUGGAGCAUUCGAAGACUGUUAUUGAGUUUAGGGGUGUUCCUCCUCUGAUGAGAUUGUUAAAGGGAAAUGAGAGGGCUCAGCUUCACGGACUGAUCCUGGUGUGCUACCUUGCUAUCCACGCAGGGAAGAGCGAUGAUUUGGAACGAGCAGGAGUGGUGAACGCAUUUGAGGGGGUGGACCGUGCUUUUGUUGCUCAGCACCCAGAACUGAAAGAACUCAUAACUCAGGCACUCUACCAUCUUAGUGUCUUCCAUCAAUCUCACUCUGGUAUGCUUGCUCAGAGGCCAUUCCUAGCGCCAUAGGUUGCCAUACGGAUAGCUUGCUUGUUUGUUACAACGCCACUCGUCUUCACAGGAGGUGAAGUAUAAAACUACAGAGGCAUGUCCUGUUAGCUUCUACUAUAUCUUUGUUGGUUAUUGUCAAUUUUAGCUGCUGUUGACAUUAUAGAGUCAAUUGUUUUGGGAUGAUGUGUGAAAAUUUAUCAGAUUUUUUGUACAGGGAAUCAUUCCUUUUAUGAAAAUGAAUUGGCUAUGGUUUUUGUGCGA